CAAAAUCUGUGAGAAACCUCAAGUUUAGAGCCUGUGGAUAUGUACAAACUGAUCUGAGGCUGACUCCACUUACGGUUGUGGCAGAAUGGCCGGAGACAUGAACACAUUUUAUUCAAUGGAGCUGGUGGAGCCGGAGAGCGGGACCAAAGUGAGAGAGUCCUUCAAGUCGGUGUCGGAGGGGAAGAGGGACGUGUGGAGGGGAGAGGAGUCGUCAGAGCCCUCCUGCUGCCUCAGUGUCAGCAAGAUCUCCUACACUGUCAGUGAGCGUUUGGGACCAUGGUGGGACUUGCCCUCCUACAAGAAGCGAUGGACUCGUCAGAUCCUCAAUGACGUCUCCUUUCACGUAGAGAGCGGGCAGAUCAUGGGCAUUCUGGGAAAUUCAGGUUCAGGAAAGACCACACUGCUGGAUGCGGUCUCAGGGAGGAUUGGAAACUGUGGCACGCUGACGGGGGAGGUCUUUGUUAACGGCAUGAACCUGAAGAGAGAGGAGUAUCAGGACUGCUUCUCCUAUGUGCUGCAGAGUGAUAACUUGUUGAGUUAUCUGACAGUGGAGGAGACUCUGACCUACACCGCUCAGCUGGCCCUGCGGAAACUCUCGUCCACAGCCAUCAAGAAGAAGGUGUCGGCGGUGAUGGCCGAGCUGAGUCUGAGUCACGUGUCCCACAGUGUCAUCGGAGGUCGGGUUUUCCCAGGGAUCUCUGGGGGCGAGAGGAGGAGGGUCUCCAUCGCCAGCCAGCUUCUUCAGGACCCCAGGGUGAUCCUAUUGGAUGAGCCGACCACCGGCCUGGACAGCAUGACGGCCAAUCAGAUCGUGGAGCUGCUGGCCGAGCUUGCCAGGAGGAACCGUAUCGUCAUAGUAACCAUCCACCAACCACGCUCCGAGCUCUUCAGGGUGUUCAGCAGGAUAGCUAUAAUGAGUCGUGGGGAGCUGGUGUUCUGUGGACAGCCAGAGGAGAUGGUGGGCUUCUUCAGCCAGUGUGGAUAUGAGUGUCCAGAGUACUGCAACCCUUUUGACAUCUUUGUUGACUUCACCUCAGUGGACACACGCAGCAGUGAGAGGGAAGCAGCCACUUUCAGUCGCAUGCAUGAGAUCACCUCGUCCUAUCAGAAGUCUCCCAUCUACCAGUGCAUGCUGGGAAAACUGGAGCAGAGCCUGCAGCGGGUGGACAAGCCAGCCAUCCCCUAUAAGAGCAAAGAGUCCCCCAGCGGUGCAGCCAAACUGGCAGUUCUGUUCAGGCGGACACUAAGAAACCUAUCCAGAGACAGGAUGGGGGUCCUGAUGCGUCUGUCCCAGAACCUGAUCUACGGUCUCUUCGUGGCUUUCUUCGUGAUGCAUCUAGACAUGGACGUCAGUAAGGGAGCAGUGCAGGACCGCAUCGGCAUCAUCUAUCAGAGCAUUGGAGCUUCACCUUACACCGGCAUGCUGAAUGCUGUAGCUCUCUUCCCCGCCUUGCGAGCCAUCAGUGAUCAGGAGAGUCAGGAUGGUCUGUACAGUAAAUGGCAAAUGUUCUUGGCGUACAUCUUCCACACCCUGCCCUUCAGCAUCCUGAGUGUUUUCAUCUUCACCUCCUUCCUUUACUGGACGGUGGGGAUGCACCCUGACACCUUGCGCUUCCUGUGUUAUUCUGCUGUAGUCCUGGUGCCACAUAUUAUAGGUGAGCUUCUGACUGUGGUGCUAUUAGGAGUGGUCCAAAACCCUAACAUGGUCAACUCUGGAGUGGCUCUGCUCAAUAUUGCAGGGAUCAUGGUGGGAUCUGGCUUCCUGAGGAGCACCCUCCAGAUGCCGGUGGUCUUCCAGUGGCUCAGCUACCUGACCUUCCAGAAGUACAGCUGUGAGCUGCUCAUAGUCACGGAGUUCUACGGACUCGACUUCACAUGCAAUGCUUCCAAACCGAUGCUGCCUGGCGCCUGUAUGAUCACUCAGGGCAGUCAGAUCAUUGAUGAGGGCUACCCUGGCGCUCUGUCCAGAUACACACUUGACUUUGUUCUCCUCUACUCCUUCCUCCCCGCUCUCCUGCUGCUGGGCGUCAUCAGCUUCAAGAUCAGAGACAAGCUCAUCCGUCAUUAAAACCACAGACAAACCUUUGAGGGAGAAUCUUCGGACGAUGUAAUCUUAAAACGAUAAACUGAGUUUGCUUUUUUGAAGAUGUAAAACAGAUUAAGAAAAAACAGAUUUACAUUAUGAUGUAAAUCCAAACAGAUGAGGAGUACUGAAGUGUGUCAUCUGUGUUUGCUUCCUUUUCACCAACAAUCAAUCAAGGCAUGUUCCUUUGUAAGCACUUACCUGAGUUUUAUAGAAUAUAGUAUUAAAUAUGUCAGAGCAGUGAUGCAAGUACAAAGAACUUAUCCCAUCAAAAUCCCAUUGCAGUGUGCACAGUACAACAGGACGUAUCUGUGGAACCUGGGAUGCAGCUAUUGACAUUAAAGGUGGGGUAUGUCAUUUUGGAGAAACCAGCUCGAGUGCGCUAGAAUUUGAAAGUACACAACCGGAAAAAAUCUGCCCCUUCCUUCAGACUUCCUUACAGAGCCCUUCCUCCAACA